AUGGGAAUGGGGCCCACUACAGCACAACAAGACCGGCUAACGAUGUCUAUGAUUGGGAGAAGGUGGUAUAUGCAUGCUGGUGCGCGGGUGCGCGGGCUGAGGAGGGAUCCUGUCAGCUACUUGAAGAAUCCAGCUGGGCUGGUGUACACCGAUGUUGGUGGGGACUACCAUGCCAGUGUGCGUGAAAGGAUGGGUUUUCAGGAGCACGGUAUUGAGCUAAGUGAUGCUGCCAUUUUACAGUGUCUAACGCACAAGUCCUUCGCCCACGGUUCCCGCCCUUAUAACGAGAAGUUGAAUCUGUUGGGAUCGCAGUAUCUGAAGUUGCAAGCUGCGAUGCACUCAGUGGGACCAGAGAACUCCUUUGGUAACCUGGGCACACCAGUGUCAAAGGGACUUGUGUCUUAUCAGACAGCUGCAGAGUACGUGAUAGCGAAAAAUUUAGAGCCGUUGGUGUUUUGGAAAGUUAGUGACCCUCUUAAUGACGGUCCUAUCAAGGGUAAAUCUAAAGUUAUGUCUACUGUUCUGAACUCAUUCAUCGGUGCAAUUCUUCUACAGCAGGGAGAAAAGAAAGCCUCACAGUUCAUAGUAGAAGACUUACUGAAUCCAAGCAACACCCAAUCAUUACUCAAUAUUACAUUGAGAAAGCUGGAUCAACAGAAAGAAACUGUACAUAGUAACUGA